UCGGAAAUGCCAGACGAUAAAAUGCCAUAAAAUAAAAUGUCAACAAAUAACAUUUAUUAAAAUGGUCAACAGGGAUGUAGAGCGGCAAGUUAUGGUGCAUAAUUGGAUUAGGUUGGAUAUCGGGAGGCGAAUUUGGUCGAAAAACGUCGGAAAAAAUCGGAAUUCCGACCAACCUCUGGCGUGCACCUCAUGUCAAUUCUUUGAAGUUAGAGGAAAAUCAACAAAGUAUGUAUUAUUUAACAGAAUAUCAUGCGCCCAAUUCAUUAAAUACUUAAUACAAAAACUUCAAAUUAGAAAGAAUGGGACCCCACAUCGCCGCCAUUUCCCCGCCAAUUUGGAUCAAAAUUUUCCCCUUAGUAGUUAA